GCUGUUUAUAUCAGCAAUCAGCUCCACAGAGCCCACUCACUCAAUCAGCUUCCAUCUAGAGAGAGCAUCUGUGCACUUUGACUCACACAUAAUUCAGACAUGCCUUCAGUGGGACUGGAGAUACUUGGAGUGGCUCUGGCUGUCCUGGGAUGGAUCUCAGCCAUCGUGUCCUGCGCCUUGCCCAUGUGGAGAGUGUCUGCGUUCAUUGGGGUGAACAUAGUCACAGCACAGACCACCUGGGAGGGCAUCUGGAUGAACUGCGUGGUCCAGAGCACGGGUCAGAUGCAGUGUAAAAUCCACGACUCUAUGUUGGCUCUAAGCGCCGACCUUCAGGCAGCCCGUGCCCUCACCGUCAUCUCCAUCGUGUUGGGCAUUGUGGGAAUCCUGGUGGCGAUUAUGGGGGCAAAGUGCACCAACUGCGUGGACGAAGAGACAGCAAAGGCCCGUGUGAUGAUAGCUGCCGGGGGGGCCUUCAUCUUGGCCUCUCUGACCCAGCUGAUCCCUGUUUCGUGGUCCGCACACACUAUCAUCGCGGAGUUCUACAAUCCCGUCAUCCCUGAGGCACAGAAGAGGGAGAUCGGCGGAGCUCUGCGUUUCAGUAUGUCUAUAGGGCUGGAGUUGAUAGGUAUCUCUCUCUGCAUUUUGGGAUGGAUUAUUGCCAUUGUGGCAUGCGCCCUCCCCAUGUGGAGGGUGACGGCCUUCAUCGGCAGCAACAUCGUGACGGCUCAGAUCAUCUGGGAGGGUCUGUGGAUGACCUGCGUGGUCCAGAGCACAGGCCAGAUGCAGUGUAAGGUCUACGACUCCAUGCUCGCCCUCUCCCAAGACCUCCAGGCUGCCCGCGCCCUCACCGUCAUCUCCAUCCUGCUCGCCAUUCUGGCCGUGCUCAUCGCCAUCGCCGGGGCCAAGUGCACCAACUGCAUUGAUGACGAGGCAUCCAAGGCCAAGGUGGUGAUCAUCUCUGGGGUGUUCUUCAUUGUAUCCGGGGUCAUGCAGCUCAUUCCUGUCUCCUGGUCGGCCAACACCAUCAUCAGGGACUUCUACAACCCUUUACUUCCUGAUGCUCAGCGGAGGGAGCUCGGGGCCGCGCUGUACAUCGGCUGGGCAGCUGCUGCCCUCCUGUUGCUUGGCGGCGGACUCCUCUGCUGCUCCUGUCCGCCACGUGAGACCAGAUACAACCCUUCAAGAAUGGCUUACUCUGCCCCGCGGUCUGCAGGCGGCCCCGGGUUAGAAAGGAAAGACUACGUAUGAACGAAGGUGAAGAGGGAAAAGACAUUACUGAAUCUCACACCUGCUCCCCCACACCAAGCUGAGGGCGUACUGAGGAAAAAAGGAGACUCCGCAAUUAAGAAUUUUUUGAAUUUGCCUUUAAUGUUAAGUAUCUCUGAAUUAGGCUCCUUGUUUUUCAGAGACUGAAAGGGAUUUGAGUGGAAUUUUGUUUGUUUCAAAACAAAACCAAAAGAUUUUGUUUUUUAAGGUUUACGAGCGUUUACGACUGAAUAGUUUUUAUAAAGAUCGCCAUCACUGCUUCAUGUGUUACCUUCAUAAUAAGGCACUUCUGUGUACAAAAUGGAAGAACUGGAUGUGUUAAACUGAACAGCAGCAUUACCAACAGGAUCAUGUGUUGUAAAUACUGUAAUCUGAAUAUCAUUGAUCACCUGUAACAGUCACAACGACAGUAACUGUGUUAAGGGGGGGUGGGGAGGUGGCAGUGUGCACUGAGGCAGCACAAAAGCACCACAACAAUGAUUAUCUUUGUGUCUUAUAUACCAUUGCCGUACAUGUAUCUCACAAGUGUUUUUUUUGUUGUUUUUUUUAAAUAAACAUGAUUUUUUUUUUUUUAAGAUACUGCUUGUCUUGUCUUUAUACACUUCAAGUGUAAAUUACCCUUUAAUUUGCUUAUGCUUUAAGAUAAUGCUCCGUUUAAGGUUUUGUUUUUGCGUAUUCACCUCAGCAUGAGUCAGUAAACCGGUAACGAAAAUGACGGAGUGCGUUCUAUCCUUUGUAAGAGAACC